AUGCUCGGGCCAGCCGAGAGCGGACUCUUGCGUCUGGUCGAUGAACUCCUCCUCAACAUCAUCGACCAUGUCGAAGGCCAGGAUGCGCUUUGCAGUCUUGCAGCGACGUGCACGCGGUUUCAAGGCCUCGUUGAACCCUACAUCUGGCGCAAACUGGUAGUCUUGAACGGAGGACACGCGCAAAGGAUUGCCACGGCACUGGACAGCCGGGACAAUCGGACAGACUAUAUCCAGGAUCUGGCUAUUCGCUACAAGGAUGAACGUCGCGAGGGGAUUGAGGAUCUGAACCAUUAUCUGAGUUUGAUGGGUAGGCUCCGUCAUCUCCAUGUCGAGAGCCCCUGCCCGAACAACUUGGAAUGGCAAAACGGCAUCUACUUCGACGGCUACUCGAGGAUUGAUUACAACAACUUGCUUGCGGCGGCAGUCCUACCCAAAGCUCUUAAGGAGUUGUCAAUCGGAGAGCGACUGCACGUCUUCCAGGAAUGCCAACCGUCCAUGGAUCCUGAACAACGCACAUCCUCAUCUCGAUUCCUAGUCGCACUGCAGAAACAAGCACAUUCAUUGCAGCGCUUGACACAUUGCGGUGGUCACGUUGGAUAUCUAACCCAGCGCGAUACCGAUCCCGAAGGCGCAGAAAAGCUACGCUCUCUCGUCGAGCUAGAAUACCUCGAGCUCGGUUUCGAAUCGCACCUCUACUACUACCUACGACAAAGCGGCUUCCCGCCAUCCCUCAAGUCGUUAAAGAUGCUCGACUCCGCCAUCUCCAUCAACUCAGGCCACGACCUCCGCUCGCUGUCCGACAUCGCCUUCCGCUCCCUCACCUCACUCGUAGACGUCUGUCUCCCAAGAACACUCGCAGACGACUUCAUACUGCACCUCAAGUUCUCCGACCACUCUUUCUUCCGCCUCUUCGAAAUCGUCGACGCGACAGAACAAGCUCACCUCCUCAGCGCUCUCUUCUUCGACCGCGCGGCUACCUACAAGAUCGCCACCAUGCUCAAGUCAUACAGCACGAACGCCCACUUCGUUGUUUCACGAGAAAUGUUCCCGUCGGGGAAGUCUUUCAUCCCGCCAUAUAUGGAGGGCGAAGAGCUGCCUGUUGAGGAAUUGAUGUAUACCAGCGACGACUUUUGGCGCUUCAACGGCAUCAACUACCGCAUUAUGGAUGAUGAGAAUUGGAGGGAUGAGCUUAAGAAAGGGAAGAAGCUGGUCGUUUGUAAGAGGUGUCGGAGUAGGGGGUUGGGCGUGGAUGAAUGUAGGAGUUUGGGUGAUGGAUCUGCUUGCAUUCCUUGUAAGGGUACUGGGCUGGGGGUGUGCGAGUGGGAGCGAGAUGAGAGUGGAGAGUUGGUCAGUGCUGGAGAUGCUAAGGCGGAGUAA